AUGGCGACUUAUAAACCGGUUACUCAUGUGAUUUUUGAUAUGGACGGUCUGCUUUUAGACACAGAACGUCUUUAUACAGAAGUUACACAGAAAAUCUGUGAUGAUUAUGGAAAAACGUUCACUUGGGAAAUCAAAGCCCAGUUGAUGGGAAGAAAAGAACAUGAUUCUGCAAAGAUAACAAUAGAUCAACUUGGUCUUCCUUUAACAGUUGAAGAAUACUUGAAACGAUUACGGCAAGAAGAAAAACUGGUUUUCCCCAGUGUAAAAUUUCUUCCAGGGGUAAAAAAGUUGUUGACUCAUCUUCAUAAGCACAACAUCCCAAUGGCCAUUGCUUCAGGAAGCUGUAGUAUGAAAUACAAAUGGAAAAUUGUCAACCAUCAAGAAAUGUUUAGCCUAUUUAACCAUGUUGUCUUAAGCACUGAUGACCCUGAAGUGAAGAAUGGCAAACCUGCCCCCGACUGUUUCCUUAUAGCAGCAAAACGGUUCCCUGAUAAACCUGAACCUGAGAAGGUGCUUGUGUUUGAAGAUGCCCCAAAUGGUGUGCAAUCUGGUUACGCAGCAGGUAUGCAGGUCGUGUGGAUACCUGACCCACAAGCUGAUCGGUCUCUGUUGAAGGAUGAAGCCACUCUCAUUCUUGAUUCUAUGGAAGAUUUUAAACCAGAACUUUUUGGUUCAAAAGUUUUUGUCUUUUUUCUUUUCUUCUUGUGUAGACAAAGUUCUCUUCCUGGUGACCAAAGUCCCUUCUUUCUUCACUUAUUUUCCUCCCGUCCGCCUGGAUAUUACGCCUUUCUUUUACGGCCGCUAGAAGGUGGAAAUUUACUUAAACACGCGGUAAAAUACUUUUUGAAAGCGUACGUGUUCGCUCUUUCGUCUUCUUCUCAAAUGGCUUUAGCUCCAAACUCCACUUAUGGACUUCUUUUCAAACAUUCUUUACUGGAGCUUCUUCGAGAGGACUUCUCAAAACUUUCUCUGAAGGGGAAACUUGCGCUCAGCAACUUGUUACCCAAGCAUCCUUCACUUAUGGGCAAACUCUGCCUGCCUUUUCAGCAGGCAGAGAGAAAAACCCCUGUUUCGCAGCGGUCUCGUUUUCAACUGCUGCUAAGGUCCAGUCCCAGUUCUCCCUUCCCCUUCAAAAGUGGGGGGAGGUCACCUUUGAAUCGUCCAAUCACAGUCCAUUAA